CUAGGUAGCAUGAGGUCAACCUGAGGCAAGGUAUCUAGGACUUUUAGCCAGAGAACUUUGGGACAAAGACAUUUGUGAAUCCAGAUCCUAGUAGCACAGGUAGCAGGGAGUAACCAUGGAGAAGCUGCUGUGGUGUUUCCUGAUCUUGAUCAGCCUCUCUGAUGUGUUUGGCCAGAAAGACAUGUCUAAGAAGACUUUUGUGUUCCCCAAAGAGUCAGAUAACGCCUAUGUAUCCCUGAAAGCACAGUUGAAGAAGCCACUGAAUGCCUUCACUGUGUGCCUCCGUUUCUACACUGAUCUGUUCACGACCCGUGGAUACAGCAUUUUCUCUUAUGCCACCAAGAAACAUGAUAAUGAGAUCCUUGUAUUUUGGUCUAAAAAUAGAGGAUAUCUUCUUGGAGUGGGUGGGCUUGAAGUACCAUUCAAGGCUCUUGAAAUUCCCAUGGCUCCAGUACACAUCUGUGCCAACUGGGAAUCCAUCUCAGGGAUCAUAGAGUUGUGGGUAGAUGGGAAGCCCCAGGUGAGGAAGAGUCUGCAGAAGGGCUACUCUGUGGGGACAGAAGCCAUCAUCAUCCUUGGGCAGGAUCAGGAUUCAUUUGGUGGGAGAUUUGAUGCAAACCAGUCUUUAGUGGGAGACAUUGGAGAUGUGAACAUGUGGGACUUUGUUCUGUCACCUGAGGAGAUCAGCACAGUAUAUGCCAGUGGGACCUUCAGUCCUAAUGUUCUGGACUGGCGGGCACUGAGAUUUGAAACACACGGUGAAGUCUUCAUCAAGCCCCAGCUGUGGGCUUGAGGCCCUUCUGUGGAUCCUCAAGGUACCUCCUGCAGAUUAUACAUUCUGGGCUCCAGAUCUCUGGUUAUGGACUUUCUCCUUAUGGACCUUGUAGGUUUACUCUGCAGACAGCCUUUUAUGUCCCUUCCUCAGCAGCAGAGGAUGGGAUUUACAUGUCUGGCUUGGGAGCCUGUGAACUAUCUUGAGAUGUAUUGCCUAGAAGGAUCAGAAUUGCAGAUGUUCUGCUUACAUAUUUACUUUUUUAAUUAAGAGAAUUUGAGAGAUAAUCUCUUACCCUCAUAUAGAUGAGAACUGGUACCCAGACAAAAGGAAAUUUUUGAAAAGUCACAUUGCAAUUACAUCUCUGAGAUGGGACAUGUGUGCUGGUCUUCUAUCUAAUUCCCUACCCAGGACAUCUGAGAAAGUAGGAGAGACAAACCUGCAUUCACAGGAUUGUUCUGCAUCAGAGUUAGGCCACUGGAUGUGGUCUUGAUUCAGAGUUCAGAGUGCUUAUCACUGUAUCAUGGGGCCCAAGUCUUCUGAAAUGGGAAACCCAGCAAAGCUAUCACUUUUCCUCCACUUUCUCUAAGUACUGUAGAAAGGCAAUCAAAGUGGCUCUAUCAGAGAAAGCCUGUCUUUUUAUUUUUCCUAGACAAAAUGAGGCAUAUAGAUAUAGUUAACAUUAGCUUACUGCCAGGGUGUUAUAUAACAAUGGUUUUAUUUGUUUUCAGUACUUUUUUAACUGUAUGGUUCUUCUGGGAAACUCUUCUCCCAGUUCUUGAGUGGGGCUGUUCCUGCUCCACCUCCACCCCCACAUUCCCAGCUUUCCCAGGCUGUAAGGGAGGAUAUGUGACCUAAGUGUCCUACCAUAGUAUCAUCUCCCCACUCCCUCUGGGGAUUGUUUUUGGUUAGUUACACAUUCCAAGCUGGACAAAUUAUAGUCUUCCCAAGGAUUGAGUCAUGGACUUUGUGAGGGACCAUCAUCUUUCUGUUGGAAUUCCAAACUGAGUGGUUGUAAGCCUGGAACCACCUGCAGCCAUCGUGAUUGUCAGAAGGAAAAAGAUGUGGAGGAAAGAAGCCACUCUGGGCCUUGAAGAGCUGAGAGGGCAACAGAGUGAGUGAUGGAGCCCUGACCAUCUUGAAUCUCUGAAUCAGCUUUAUCUGGAAAAAAAUUGACACCUGGACUUCCCAGGCCUAUGAACCAAUAAAGCCCGGAUUACUUGAGUGA